GGUUUUCUGUCUGUUGAGAAUUCCUAUCCCUCUACUGCUCUCGUUUCACUUCGCAGCAUACUCCUGCUCUUGCGGCUCUUCCCACUGGUGAGACGCAUAAUUCAGUCUGGUAUCCUGAUUCUGGACCUUCCGCGUACAUGACUCCACAUGAAGGACAAUCAAACGGGGGAGCUUCUUCUUCAGGCCACUAAUAAAAAUCAUGUCUACCCUUUUACUGCCCUUCAAGCCCGAGUUGUACCUGGUCCAGUCUGGCACAAGCGUUUAGGACAUUGUGGUGAUAGGAUUAUUUGUACUCUUAGGCAAAAUAAGUUAAUUAGUACUUCUUCAUCUUUUACUCAUGAUUGUGUUUCCUGUAAGUUGGGCAAAUCCCACAAACUUCCGUUUUCUGAUGUUAUUCAUGAUACCUCAGCAGCUUUAGAAAUUAUUCAUUCUGAUGUUUGGCAAUCACAAGUUGCUUCUAAU